UUCAAUCAGCUGUCUGAAAAGCGGCCCAACAAAUGUCAGAUUAGGUCGGAAGUUUAUUCCCUUUCCGUUGAUUAUCAACAGUUCACUAACGGCUCUUUGUGACAAUUUCAGUGAGAAACAAUAUGGAAGUGUGAUCCAUGUUCACACUCACGGAACAAGGAUGAUGGACCCGUCACCCAUUUUGGAAGAUAUCUCAAUUUCUGACGUCACUGACGAGAGGACGAGUAUUUUGAACGAAACGAAUGAAAACCAAAAUAGUAUUUCCAAUGGGAUUAGAGAUGUAGAAGAGUUAUCUCCUGUUAUCUACAAUGUGUCAGUAGAGAAACUCCAACAUUUAUCAAUUGAACCUGAACUUCAAGAAGUUUCAGAUCAAACAGACACAUCCCACAAUGACCAAGAAGAACGGUAUAACAGCGUACUGGAAGAACGAAACAACUGUCAAAAAGAGAUUUUGGAACUUAGAAGUCAUCUCGUGAAAACAGAAGAGUAUUGGCAACAGCAAAUUGCAAGACUGAAAAAUGACUACGAAACAAGGUUAUCCAAAGUUCAAAAGGAAAGGGACUCCAUGGUUGUCAAGUAUGCCCACAGCGAAAAGGAAGUCAUUGUUGCACACAACCAAAAAGACAGCAUGGAGAAGAAAAUGAAGGAAUCAUUGAAAGAGCGAGAUGUCAUGAUGGAGAAGAUUAAAGCAAUGAAUAAUGAGAAAUCCAGAGUGUGCAAUAUGCUAGAAGUCAAGUCGAACGAGUACUUUGCAUCGCAACGAGAGGUCGAUAGACUGAAGGAAGAAGUCAAUGCCAGGGAAAUCAAAGUCCGUUGGGGUCAAAACAAGCUAAAGGCCGAAACUGAGAGUCAUCAGGAAACGCAAUCAAAAUACGAGAAAAGUGUGCAGCUGAUCAAGCUAUUGAAGGAUGAAAUCGAGGAUCUCAAGCGCAACUGCAACGAAAUGAAAUCGAAACAGAGUGACGUCAAAGCAAUCAACGACGCCCAUUUGCUUGAAGAAAAGGCACGGCUCAUUAUGGACAAGCAGAACUUGGAGGAAAAGACUGCCGGCUACCAAAACGCGCUUAAAGAGUUUGAAAUGGUCAAAACAAGACACACCCAGCUAGUUGAAGAGAACAGCGGCCUUUUGUCUAAACUACAAGCUAUACAGAAAGAGCGGUCAGAACAGGAAGAUAACAUAAAUCAACUGAAAGAACAAGUAUCUCAGCAACGAGAAUCUUUAAUUCAGGCUCAAACCAAAUUGGCCGAGAUGGACGGAGUGCAAGCACAAUUAGAAUUCCAGAGGCAGAGAGAUUCGAAACACCAAGAAGAACUCGAAACCAUCAAGCAGUCCAACCUGGAUCUGGAGGAGGACAUGCAAAGGUGUCGGGCCAAAGAAAGUGAACUGCUUGAAUUCACACAGCGACUAACUGAGACUAACGUUCGGCUCCAGUCAGAGUUGGCCACUCUCCAAGAGAAGGCACAAUCGUUGGAGACUCAAAGGGAUGAGAUUCUUGUGAAGUUGGAAGAAGCCGAGCGCAAGUGGAAAAAUGUCAAACUUGAAUUACAACAUGAACAAGAAAAUCGAAGUGGCGAGGCCGCCGCCUGGACCCGUACCGUUUCGGAGAAAUCGCGCCUUUGCGAAGAUUUGCAAACGCAGGUCCGCGAACUACAGAACGAGCUGGCAUCGGUCCGUAGAAAAAACGCCAUUAAUCUCAAGGAAUUGACGCGGGAAUUGAGAGUGACCAAGAAACGACUAGAUCACGUCGAGUCUUCCUCGACCAAUGCCAACACCACUCACAACAAUGACGGAGUCAGUUUGGGUUCCAGAACGAGUUCAAACACUUCCAUAAAUACCACCGGCAUCGAACAUCGAACCCCGGAGCAUUCUCCGUCUCCCACUCCGGCUCCGGUCAACAUGUCUCCAGAUUGGGAGCGUAGCGCCCUCUUUGAAAAGAUGGUCCGCGUCCAACGUGACAAUGCCCGGAAGAGCGAAAAACUCGAUUUCCUAGAGGAGCACGUCCAAGACCUUUUGGCCGAAGUCAAGAAAAAGAAUCGAAUCAUCCAGUUUUUCUUUGCCAAGGAGGAUUCGGGAUCUAUGGCCACCGAGGCUAGUGAUCGGCACAAGGCUGAAAUGGCGAAGCACGGCGGCAUCAUGUCCUCCAUGUACAAUAUGAAGACACUGGACGACGGCCUGAACUUGGAGCUGUGCCUGGAAAUCAACCAAAAGUUACAGGGAGUUUUAGAAGAUACUCUAUUGAAGAACAUAACGCUUAAAGAUAGCUUAAGCACCUUAGGAGCCGAGGUGGCUCGAAUCAGCCAGCAAUAUCAAUCGUUGCUGCAACAACAACAAAAGCAAAAAUAAAGGCGGAUAAGAAUGACGUGUAUUCUCUUCGCAUCGUGGCAUCUCAUCGUUUCGAUCGUCAUUUUUUGUUCAUUUUUUUUAAAUAUCUAUAUCUCAUUUCAUUUUUUUUAAACAGGAUAACUUAAGAAAAAGGAACCCUUAACCAUCCCCCUCGCCCUACAUUACUACUAUGUUGUUGUUGCUGUUGUUGUUAAAUGUGUGCAAUCAGACGUUACGAGCCUUUAUACCCGAAAGCAUA